AUGGCAGAUUUAAGUAAGAAAGUAGAGAACAUGAGUAUCAAGGAGAAAGGCGGUUACGUUCCUCCACAUUUGAGAAACGGUGGAGCGCGUCGUGCCAACAGUGGUGGAUUCGGUGGAUCUAGUGGUUCUGAUGGUUCUUCUGGUGGUAGUUUCUUUGGGUUUAGCGGUCGUCGUGGAGAUUCCAACCGUGGAGGACGCGGUGGAUUCGCUAGAAACGGCGGUGGCAGCGGGUUCAGACCAGCUGGUACUGGUAGAUGGACGGACGGUAAGCACGUUCCAGCUGCGAGAAAUGAAAAGAUGGAACAGCAGUUGUUUGGUGUUGCAGAAGAUCCAAAUUUCCAGUCUUCCGGGAUUAACUUUGACCACUAUGAUGAUAUUCCAGUCGAUGCAUCUGGUGAGAACGUUCCAGAACCUAUUACUGAGUUUACAAGUCCUCCUUUGGAUGAACUAUUGUUGGAAAACAUCAAGUUGGCUAGAUUCACUAAGCCUACUCCAGUUCAAAAGUAUUCCGUGCCUAUUGUGGCUAACGGUAGAGAUUUGAUGGCCUGUGCGCAGACUGGUUCCGGUAAGACCGGUGGGUUCUUGUUUCCUGUGUUGUCUGAAUCUUUCAGCACUGGUCCUUCUGAGAUUCCAGAGAAUGCUCGUGGUGGUUACAUGAGAAAGGCCUUCCCAACAGCUGUUGUGUUGGCUCCAACUAGAGAGUUGGCUACACAGAUCUUCGACGAGGCCAAGAAGUUUACUUACAGAUCGUGGGUUAGAGCUACCGUUGUGUACGGUGGUGCCGACGUUGGUUCUCAAAUGAGAGAGUUGGACCGUGGUUGUGAUCUGCUGGUUGCUACUCCAGGUCGUUUGAACGAUCUGUUGGAGCGUGGUAAGAUCUCUUUGGCCAAGGUUAAGUAUUUGGUUUUGGAUGAAGCUGAUAGAAUGUUGGAUAUGGGUUUCGAACCUCAGAUCAGACAUAUUGUGGAAGGUUGUGAUAUGCCAGGUGUCGAGGACAGACAGACACUGAUGUUUUCGGCUACUUUCCCAGUCGAUAUCCAGCAUUUGGCUCGUGAUUUCCUAAGUGACUACAUUUUCUUAUCCGUCGGUAGAGUUGGUUCUACAUCGGAGAACAUUACUCAGCAUGUUCUAUACGUCGAAGACGAGGACAAGAAAUCUGCAUUGUUGGAUCUAAUUUCCUCAGCUACCGAUGGGUUGACUUUGAUCUUUGUCGAAACUAAGAGAAUGGCAGACCAAUUGACAGAUUUCUUAAUUAUGCAAAAUUUCGCUGCUACCGCUAUUCACGGUGAUCGUACCCAAGGCGAGCGUGAACGUGCGCUAGCGGCUUUCAGAUCCGGUAAAGCUAACUUAUUGGUCGCUACUGCAGUUGCAGCUAGAGGUCUGGAUAUUCCAAACGUCACUCACGUUAUCAACUACGAUUUGCCAAGUGAUGUCGAUGAUUACGUUCACAGAAUCGGUAGAACUGGUCGUGCCGGUAACACCGGUGUCUCCACUGCUUUCUUUAACAGAGGUAACAAGAACAUCGUCAAAGGUUUGGUCGAAAUUUUGACCGAGGCAAACCAAGAGGUUCCUUCCUUCUUAAACGACAUUUCCAGAGAAUCCUCCGGUAUUAGAGGUGGCAGAGGCGGUAGUUUCUUCAACAGCCGUGCAAAUAGCUCCAGAGAUUACCGUAAGCAAGGUAACGGUAAUGGUUCCUUCGGUGCCUCCAGAGGCAGCGGUGGUAGCAGCUGGGGCUCUUCCAGAGGUGGUAGCUCUUGGGGUGAAUCCUCCGGUGGUAACUCAUCCUGGUGGUGA